AUGCCUGUGCACUUUGCUGACUCACCUCAGACUGAUGCUGUGUAUAAGAUCUUGUCUGUCAGUCUACCUACACCUGCUCCUGAGACUAUCACCAAGAUGCCCCGUCCCACCAGCCUUGUGGACAAGGCCCAAGUUCACAGCAGGUGAGAGUCUGUGUGUGCACAACACACAUAGAUAUAUUUAGGUAUGCGAAUGUUACUCUGUAUGAUAGUGAGUGUAUUGUUAGCGAAAAAUAACAGAGUGUAAUUAAAUUAAUUACAUGUUUUUUAUUGUUGACUUUAGAUGGCUGGAUUCAUCUCGUUCCCUGCUCCAACAGGGAGUGCAGGAGCAUGACAGACUGCUGCUACGCUUCAAAUACUACUGCUUCCAUUACCUGCAGCCCAAGGUAGGCCUGCACCACGCUUUCUGAAGAGCCAUCAAUUAUUUCCUUCUUGUACCUCAUGGUGGCCAUGAAUUGGGCUAUGUGUAAUCGGUCACUUUGUCUACCUUGUCUCCAUCUCCAGUAUGAUGCAGUCCGUCUGACCCAGAUGUAUAAGCAGGCUCGCUGGGCCAUCUUGCUGGAGGAUGUUGACUGCACAGAGGAAGAGAUUAUGCUCUUUGCUGCCCUUCACGUAAACAACAAGAACAAAACUGAUUGAAAUGUCCCCAAAGGUUUUUCUCUGUCUAUGACACAUUGCUUCCCUUCUCUUUCACACUGUUAUAAGUUUGUGCAUUUGCUUUGUGUGGGUUACUACACUGGUAAGGUGUCAGAGCCCCAGCUGAUGACAUCAAUUCCUGCCAUGGAUGACCUUGACUCUGCCCUUCAGUGUUUGGAGGUGAAGAUUGAUGCAGAGGAGAGCAGCACAUGCUGGUUAGUCCCUCUGAAUCUCCACCACACUGUAGUGGUCUGUAGCGGUGGUUAUGGAUGAUUUGUAAGGACACAGGAAAACAGACAUGGAAAAAGUUAAAUUGCAACCGCACAUGACACAAAAUAGACACAUGGUUUUAUCUCUACACAGGAAACAAUGAGGAUAGCACCAGAGCUGCAUGACUACUUGAAAAUCUUCAGGUAAGAUGGGUUGACAACAUACAUCACUGCUGGCUGGCUGAACACCCUCUGACUCACAUCCAUCUUUCUGCCAGUGACAACCUUUUCCUGCCUUUGAUUUUAGAUUGAAUAUCGAUCACACAAGAUAUGAGACUUUCUGAUAGUCUGGAUGAGUUUUUAUAGACACGCAUACUCUCACACACAAACACACACACACACACACACACAAGCAAACACACUCUAACCGCAGCCACGGUUAUAUUUACAUGCUCACUCAUACAGACAUACAACUGCGUACCCUUUCCAAUGUUGCUGAAAAACCUUAGCAUUCUAGUUUGUUUCAUCUCACUCUCUCCUAGACCAAAGAGACUGACACUAAAGGGCUAUAAGCAGUUCUGGUUCGCGUUCAACAACACAUCCAUCUCCUACUACAAGAGUAAAGAGGAGAGCCUCAAAGGUCAAAUGUACUGACAUUCACUGUGGUGAAAAUGCACACCCACAUGCACAUAGUGUACACUCAGCCCAUAUUUUCACACACAACCACAACCACACAAGUUGAAACCCAUGCAAAGGUGUGUAGUACAUAGAGCAUGAGAAAGGACAUUCUAGAUAUAAUGAGGUUUCUUCACUGGUGACUUUAAUAAGCCAAAUGAGUCCAAACUGGUCCCAUAAGGAACUACUGUGCUCCUCAGGCUGUGAGGUGGCCCCAGACGUUAGUGUGGCUGGUCAGAAGUUCUGCAUCAGGCUGCUGAUCCCUGGGGCUGAGGGCAUGAACGAGGUCUACCUACGCUGUGAAAAUGUAAGGAACACAACUCUCAGCUCACUCUGUUGGAAGCACUCUUUCCAUAAAUAAAAAGCUAAUAGAAUUUUACCAUUGAUUUAUGUACAUUUACGUCAUUUAGCAGACGCUCUUAUCCAGAGCGACUUACAGUUAGUGAGUGCAUACAUUUAUUUUUUUAUACUGGCCCCCCGUGGGAAUCGAACCCACAACCCUGGCGUUGCAAACGCCAUGCUCUACCAACUGAGCUACACGGAGCAUGUACAUGUACAGUGGGGAGAACAAGUAUUUGAUACACUGCCGAUUUUGCAGGUUUUCCUACUUACAAAGCAUGUAGAGGUCUGUAAUUUUUUUAUCAUAGGUACACUUCAACUGUGAGAGACGGAAUCUAAAACAAAAAUCCAGAAAAUCACAUUGUAUGAUUUUUAAGUAAUUAAUUUGCAUUUUAUUGCAUGACAUAAGUAUUGAAGUGUACCUAUGAUACAAAUUACAGACCUCUACAUGCUUUGUAAGUAGGAAAACCUGCAAAAUCGGCAGUGUAUCAAAUACUUGUUCUCCCCACUAUAUAUAACCUGUCCCAAGGAAUAGACCCAACUGCUACAAGAACAGUUUCCUCUUCAGUGUCAUCCUGACCCUACAAAUCAAUGUACUAUAUCCCACUAUGCCAUGCUAUGCUAUGGUUUCUUUCCAUAUGUCCAUUCCUCCCCCUUCCACUAGGAGCUGCAGUACAGCAGGUGGAUGGCAGCUUGCCGUUUAGUCUCCAAGGGGAAGAAACUAGCAGGCAGCUCCUUCUCUAAUGAGGUGCAGAAUAUCCAGUCCUUCCUGGCCAUGCAGCAAACCACCCCCAGGGUCAAUACUGCUCAGACUGAUGAGAGCAUCAACACACACAGCCUUGUAUCCCCACGCUACCACAAAAAGUACAAGGCCAAACAGGUAAGAGUCAUGUGAUCUGGGCGGAACUCGAAUGUAUGGUAAGAGAAGCAAACAAUAACAUUCAGACUCCAGUGAUUCUAACCAUUCCACUGCUUUGUCAGCUGACUCCUCGCAUCAGAAUGUGGCCCAGCUCCCUGUAACAGAUGCUCUCCUCAGGUUUCUUCAGAUCUGGCAGGCUCUACCUGGCUUUGGGGUGUCUUAUUUUGUGGUGAGGUGAGUACAUGUCUUUUUGUCAAAUAGUUUCCAGCUAUCUUCCUUGUCAACAUAGCACUAAAUGUGAUCUCACUUGAAAUUACCCAAAUUCGACACAUUUCCUGUAUAAACACAGGUUUAAGGGAUGCCGUAAAGAUGAGGUCCUUGGCGUCACCAACAACCGUCUCAUCCGCAUUGACCUCAGCACAGGAGAUGUGGAGAUACAACACCAUGAGGCAGUGGAAUGUCAACUGGGAUAUUCAACA